GCUCCCUGACUUGAUGGGCCCCCAUGGUAGCACUGUGGCAGAGGUCUUUCCUGCUUCUUCUUCCUAGCUUCUUUUUCGGCGUAUCUGGGCAAUCAACCUGUGGCACGGGGUUGGAUGCGGACCCCAAUGACUGGAGCUCUGGGAGUGCCAUGACAGAUGCAGGCUGGUCGUGUGUGAAUUGCGACGCGGCAAAUAUGAUCUAUCACUGGUCCUCAGACAAUGCAGACUGCCAGUCGACCCCAGCGGAUACUUUCUGUGGAUACUCAACGGGAAGCCUCUUUCAGCUCCGCAUGGACCUUGUUGGGUCUGGUGUUCUUCAUUUGGAUUUCAGCAGCCUGAAAGCGGAUAACUUCAGAGAGACCAAGGUGUAUUUGAAUGAUGCCUGGCAAGGAGAAUGCGAUGAGGGCGAAAGGAAGACGCUUGACAUCAACUUUGUCGAUGGCGACCGGCUUGAUAUCAGGCAAGCACAUUCAAGCGUGGUCAUGAAUGUGCAUUCGAUCACGUUCAGCGGGUGUCCUGAUACAGCGACAGCGACGCAGACCACCAGCGCCACCAGCACCUCCAGCACCUUCAGUUUCACCUCGAGCACGGUGACGGACACGUCCACCAGCAUCACCUUAACCUCCAGCAGCAGUACCAGUUCCACCAGCAGCUGGACGACUUCUAGCACCAGCUUCACCAGCUCCAGCAGUUCGAGCACCAGCUCCAGCAGUUCGAGCACCAGCUCCAGCAGUUCGAGCACCAGCUCCAGCAGUUCGAGCACCACCAGCAGCAGCAGCACGUGGAGUGCCACCAGCACUGACACCUCUACCAGUAGCUUCAGUAGCUCGUGGACUUCGACUAGCUGGACUUCGACCGCGACCAGGAGUAUGACUUCCAGCUCCACUAUCACAUCUAUCACGAACUCGACCACCUCCACCUCGACCACCUCCACCUCGACCACUUUCACAACCACAACGAUCAGCACCAGCACUUGGAGUGAGACAAGCAGCGCCACAUCCGCCACAUCCGGCACCACCCUCUCCAGCUCCAGGAC